AGAAUCCUGCCUGGACCAAUGAGCCCUUACACUAAUAUUUACGGGAUUGGAGUGGGCGCCGGGGGUCGUUGCUUAGUUACAGGCUGCUCUUAGAGCCUCAGUAAGGAUUUGGGCGCGUCACGUGACGGGAGUUGAAGCGCGGGAAGCUGGUAGCCGACCCGAAAUACGGUAACAAUGACUACAGAGAAGGGGUUAUUAGCUGAAGCAGAAAGCCCUCCUCAGGACCAAAAGCAAGAAGGAGAGGAGGAAGUAGAAUCUUGUACAACUCAACCAGUUGUUGGCAGUGGUGAUAAGGAUCCAGAGACUGAACAGUCACAAGAGUCACCUUCCACUACCUCUCCAAGCACCCGCAAGAGCAAGGACCGACAUUCACAGGGAAAGGGCCUCUCUCGCCUCUUUUCCUCUUUCCUGAAGAGACCCAAGUCCCAGGUGUCUUCUGAUGAAAAGGAAGUUGAACUGUUGGGGGAAAAGGGACAAGACCAAAAGGAUGUUGAUGAGGGUUUGGGAGAGCAGCUAGAGGAUGAUGUUUUUCUAAAGGCCCCUAUUGCAGCUCCAGAGCCUGAACUUCGAACUGACCCAUCACUAGACCUUCAUUCCUUAAGUAGUGCAGAAACCCAGCCAGCACAAGAGGAACAGAAAGAAGACCAAGACCCAGAAGCAGACUGUGAGGACGUGGAAGGCAAGGAACCAAUAAAAAAACCUGAAGGAGAAUCAAAGGCCUCGCAUAAAGUAGUUAGGCGCUCUCCCAACAUGCGCUGCAAAGUCACACUUCUCGAUGACACUGUUUAUGAGUGUGACUUGGAGAAACAUGCAAAGGGACAGGACAUAUUUAAGAAAGUCUGCAGCCACCUUAAUAUCGUGGAGGAAGAUUAUUUUGGAUUGGCAAUAUGGGAAUCUCCAACUUGCAAGGUCUGGCUUGAUCCUUUGAAGGACAUCAGGAAGCAGGUUCAUGGAGGUCCAUGUGAAUUCACUUUCAAUGUGAAGUUUUAUCCCCCUGAUCCGGCACAGUUGUCAGAGGAUAUAACCAGGUACUACCUGUGUCUCCAGCUGCGCAAAGAUAUUUUCAGUGGGCGUCUUCCAUGCUCAUUUGCCACCCUUGCUCUGCUCGGUUCUUAUACUGUGCAAUCAGAGGUGGGUGACUAUGAAGAGGAUCUCCAUGGUGUAGACUAUGUCAGUGAAUUUAAACUCAGUCCAAAUCAAACAAAAGAUCUUGAAGAGAAGGUUGGGGAGCUUCAUAAGUCAUAUAGAUCUAUGACUCCUGCUCAGGCUGACCUGGAAUUCCUGGAGAAUGCCAAAAAGCUUACCAUGUAUGGUGUAGAUAUUCACCAAGCCAAGGACUUGGAGGGAGUGGAUAUCAAACUUGGGGUUUGCUCUGGUGGUCUUAUGGUUUUCAAAGACAAUCUGAGGAUCAACCGCUUUCCAUGGCCCAAAGUACUGAAAAUCUCCUAUAAAAGAAGUAGUUUCUUCAUCAAAAUCCGCCCUGGAGAGCAGGAGCAAUAUGAAAGUACAAUAGGAUUUAAGCUUCCCAGUUACAAAGCAGCAAAGAAACUUUGGAAAGUAUGUGUUGAACAUCAUACAUUUUUCAGGUUGACAUCCACAGAGUCUAUUCCCAAACACAGAUUUCUUUCUCUAGGAUCCACAUUUCGCUACAGUGGGCGCACACAGGCACAGACUCGACAUGCCAGUGCUCUUAUUGAUCGACCUGCUCCCCAUUUUGUACGCACUGGCAGCAAACGGGCCUCUCACAGUCUUGAUGGAGCAAAGCGAGGCAGUGUCUCAGUUCAGUUCCAUAGCUUGGAAGAUAAGGAAAAUGAUCUGGAGGUAUUUGAGGUAGAGGACAAAAAGCAGUCCAUACCAGCAGUCAUCAUUUGUCCAGAAAAGAUGAUAAAGGAAAACAAUGAUAUUGAUGGUGAUCUCAUGUUAAAGAGCAAAAAAGAUGGAGAUGAACAUAUCCCAUUAUGGCAUAAGGAAACUGAGCAGCCAGCUGCAGUUGCAACCCCAGAAGCCUCCAGGACCCACCGCCCUGUAUCAGCCCCGGUCUUCCCACAACCUGCGGUCCAAAGAAAGACUCCAGGGCCAAGAGUAGAGGAAAUGCCCAAAAAGACAGAGGAGAAGCCCAAAGAAGGGAUGCCAAAUCAGCGGGAAAGUCCUAAGGAUGUUAAAGCUACACAGCAAGAUUCUCCUUCACCUACUGUCAAUGGGGAUAAAGUUAAGGCUUACAUUUCCCCUGUAAUUCCCUCCUGUAUUAUGCAGCAUCCAGCUGAGAAAGAGGAUGAAAUAAUACGCAUGAGGAAGAAAAGAGCAAAGAAACUAGAGGGUGAAAACAUUUAUAUCAGACAUAGCAAUUUAAUGUUGGAGGACCUGGAAAAGACACAGGACGAGAUCAUCAGACACCAUGCUAGCAUCCGUGAGUUGAAGAAGAGUUUCAUGGAGUCUGUGCCAGCACCCCGGCCCAGCGAAUGGGACAAACGACUUUCUACCCACUCCCCUUUCCGUACUCUCAGCUUUAAUGGCCAGGUCCAGACUGGGACAGAUGGGCCUCCACUAGUGAAAACACAGACCGUCACCAUCUCCAAUGCAACAAACGGUGAAAAGGGAGAGAUUCCAACUAAGGAGGUUCCCUUGGUACACACUGAGACCAAAACAAUCACAUACGAAGCAGCCAGAUCUGAUGAUGUUAACACUGACCAGGAACCUGGCAUUCUACUAACCGCUCAUACAAUCACUUCUGAGACCACAAGUAGUACCACCACCACCCAGAUCACAAAGACUGUAAAAGGUGGCAUCUCAGAGACACGCAUAGAGAAAAGGAUAGUCAUCACAGGAGAUGGAGACCUUGAUCAUGACCAGGUCUUAGUUCAAGCUAUUAAAGAAGCAAAGGAGCAGCACCCAGACAUGUCUGUUACCAAGGUUGUUGUUCAUCAAGAGACAGAAAUAGCUGAAGAAUACCAGGAGGCGGCACAGACUUUUAACAGGACACAUUAAAGACUUUCCAGAAAACCAGCAGUUCCCUGAAGUAUCCUCCCUCACCCCUGGGACAUUGUCAGCAGCCACUGGAAUUUUCUCUCUCUGUUUUCACCUCAACCACAACAAUCCACAUUUCUGUGUUUGAUCAAAGACUGUCUCCCCCUCGAACAUGGAAUUUACAAUGUGACGCCACAACUGUAAACUCCUUCAAAAACUAAUGUUGAAAUGAAAUGGCUUCCCAUAUCAGAAUGAAUUCUUCUAAAGGAUUGUAUUUUUUCAUCCUCACGUAUGGAUUGGGAAUAACAAAGAUAAAGGGCAGCUUUACUAGUUUAUCACUGUUCCGCUCACUUUAUGAGUUCAGCCAAUGAGAGCGCACACAAUCCAUUUGUGGUUCCUCGCGAGUCUCUGUUUAUUUACCAUUGCCAUGUCACUAUUUCAGUGGAUGUGACCGUGCUGGCGUUAGAACAAAAUUUACUGAAACACAAGCUGAGCCUGAGUGUUUGCGCAGUUUGGAAUAUUUACAUAUUUUCUCAAGCACUGACUGAGCCAAAACAUAUUUAAGUACUUUUUCAUGUUUUAAUAAGUGUGUGCUUUGUGUUCUGUUUGAACUGACGUGGUUCCAUUUCUUUUAUAGGAUGUACUUUCUGGCUUUUAAUUCUGUGCAGCCCCAUGUUGUCUCUGCCACUUCUGUGGUCAAUUACACGGAGAGAAACACACACUUUAUACCCUACCACCAACCCACAUACGUCACAUACAUCUGUGAAUUGAGAUGAGGGGAAAUAUUUUCUGUAGCUGUAGAUUUUCUUUAGAAAAGCAUCGUCCAUCCCAUGUUGUUGAUGAAGUGAUAAAACAAUGGCACCCAGUUGUGCAGAUAGACAACUUUUCUUUUUCCUUUGUUCUCUUUGUGUUUCCCAUUUGCCCUGU